GCUGAUGACGCGGUAAUUUACUGUCAUAAUUCAAACCUUCAGGAGCUGGAAAAGGAACUGAAUGAAGAUCUUUUAAUUAUUGCCAAAUGGUUGAAUGAUAAUAAAAAAACCGAAUGUAUGCUAAUUGGUAGCAGUCGCAAGCUUGCAGGAAACAUUCGGACGCUGUCAGUAUCUAUUUCUAAUUAUGGAAUUAGUAAUGUAAAUAGUUUUAAGUAUUUAGGGGUGUUUUUAAGCAAUGAUCUUACAUGGUCAAAGCAUAUAGAUUACUUAACGUCCAAGAUUAAUCAAAGGCUUGGGCUUUUAAGAAGAAUUAAGUAUCUUUUACCUUUUAAAGCACAAGUUCUAUUUUAUAAUGGCUUAGUUCUCCCUCUGUUUGAUUAUGCAGAUGUUGUAUGGGGAGAUAAAAAUAAUAUUACGCUUAUGAAUAAGCUGCAGACACUGCAAAAAAAGGCUGGUAAAAUCAUUUUGGAUAAACCACUAUAUUCAUCUGCCUCAGAAGCACUUGGCAAGUUAAAUUGGAUUACACUAGAGCAAAGAAGAUUUUACCAUAGAUGUCUAUUUGUCUAUAAGUGCGUAAAUGGUUACAUAUAUCAUUCUAUGGAUUUAUUAACAGCAGGAGAUGUGCAUGGUUACAACACGAGAAAUAAGGAUAAACUCAGACUACCCCAUGUUACACGUAAUUGGGGUAAGCAGAGAAUGUGCUAUCAAGCUGUGAACGAUUGGAAUAGUCUCGAAAUAGAUAUCAGAACUUCGUUAAAUAUCAAACUUUUUAAACAUAAAUUGCUGAAUAGUUUGUAG